UUCAACGUUUUUUAUUUAUUUUUGGGACAGAGAGAGACAGCAUGAACGGGGGAGGGGCAGAGAGAGAGGGAGACACAGAAUCGGAAACAGGCUCCAGGCUCCGAGCCAUCAGCCCAGAGCCUGACGCGGGGCUCGAACUCACGGACCGCGAGAUUGUGACCUGGCUGAAGUCAGACGCUUAACCGACUGUGCCACCCAGGCGCCCCCAGAAUUAUUUCUGUGAAUAUACAAACUCAUGCUCACUUUUAAAAAAUAUGCUCAUAUUCUACAUCUUAUUUUCUAAUUUAGAGAUUCUGGAGUCAGCCUAAAUUCCACUGUAGGCUUCAUCACUGUUUGUUUGGGGUUAGACCUCUAUAAGCCUCAUUUUUUUCUCCUCUGUAAUACGGGAUGAUACCUAAUCAAAGGAUUAUUAUAAGGAUUAUUAUAAAUGCAAAUUCAUUUCCAGGUUCCACUUGAUUGCUAAGUAGUGUUUUGUGUGACUGCUCAAGUGUAUGGGUUUCUUUCUGGUGGGGUAAAAAUGUUCUAAAAUUUAUUGUGUUGAUGGUUGCACAACUCUGAAUAUAUUAAAAACCAUUAAAUUGUACACUUUAAAUGGGUUAUUGUAUAGUAUGUGAGUUAUAUCUCAGUAAGGUAUUACCAAAAAAAGGAAAAAAAGCUGCUUAAACCUAGAUCGCUUCAUCAGUUUGUAUAGCUAAAUGCCUGUCCUCUUCCUGCUUCAGCAGGAGAUUGAAGAUUUAUCCUCUGUAAAGGACAAAAUAGUGUCUCUGAGAGAGGGGUGGGCACUAGACAUAAUUGAAGAUGAGGUGUCCCAUGGAAAACACCUGAAUUACCUGAAGUAAAUGUACUCAAUGUUGGGACCCUUAUUAAGGCCUCUUCUCCUUUUUGGCUCCCAGAAUUCUGGCUAUCAGGUAGGAACUUACAGGAUGCUUCUUUUAACUAGCCCCAGAGGAAAAACUGUAAGUAAUUCACAAUCAGCUUUUAGGGUCUUGCUAUUAUUUUAUUUUACUUUACUAUAUAUACACAUAUAUAUACAUAUAAUAAACAUAUUGAACAAGUACCAAAUGUAAACUUUAUGCUAAAUGCUCUGUGGGAUGUCAAAGAAGUAGAAGACUCAUGAUUUGUAAGAGUUCAUAAUCUAGCUUUAAUUAAAGAACAGUCCUAAGAAAUACAUUGACAAAGACAAGUUUAAGAAACAUCUUACCAGAAGUUCUCAGUAAUUGGGGUUGAUGGAAGGCAAGUGAGGCCAAAUCAGUCAGGUAAGUAUAAUCAAUAAAGGAAUGAUGUUCCGUAUAUUAAUAAAUUUUCUCUUAAACACCUGCUGAAUAUCUAGGCUGGUGAUACCCAUAUGUACAAUGAGGACUUCUGCAUUUUCCAUGAAUUUUUUAUCUUGGAAGUUAACAAUCAAAUCUUUCAUUACCCGGGGGGGUCAUCCCUGCCAAUUUAUCACUUAAAAUACAUGACUCAAGCACUCCAAAAACACUCCUUGACCCCUGAAUUCUAUUUGUCUUACAUCUGGCUAAAUAAACGAUCCUUCCGCUGUAGUAGCAAGCAGUAAUCAACUAUGACAGGCAUCCUGUCCUGAAAAUGGUGCUCCAUCACUUAGAUUUUUCCCUGGUCUGGACACUUUUUCAGAGCUCAUUCUACAUAGUAGGAUAGAUUUCUACCAUCUGAUCUGGAACAAUAGCCUUUCACUUACUGGUAUCCCCUGAUAAUCCCACAACUCUUUUCGUUUUCCUUCACAGAAAGACCAUGCAAGAGCUUAAGACUUCUGUAAGACAGUCUUGUUUCAGGAGAUGACCCAGUCUGUCCAGCUUAUCAUCACAUAAACAGAUUUUGUCUCCAAAUGAAAGAUUUGACCACCAUAGCUACUGGUAGAUUGAUAACAAGCCUUCUCCAACCAAAGCCAGUGCCUGGCUGACAUUUCCUGUGGUAGCUGGUGAUUUGAAAUGGCUGCUGUUAACAGACCAACUGAACUUUUGAGAUCUCCACUGUUUCCAAUUCCUCUUGAGUCUGCUGGUCAAUCAACUUGUCUGUUCAACUUGUCUGUUCAGGGGUACAGCUGUGCAUGAAUUUAUCCAAUGCUGAAGCUGCUGAAAGAUGGCAGAAGAAGUGGUGGUAAUAGCCAAAUUUGAUUAUGUGGCCCAACAAGAACAAGAGCUGGACAUUAAGAAGAAUGAGAGAUUAUGGCUUCUGGAUGACUCUAAAUCCUGGUGGCGAGUUCGAAACUCCAUGAAUAAAACGGGUUUUGUGCCUUCUAACUAUGUGGAAAGGAAAAACAGUGCUCGGAAAGCAUCUAUUGUAAAAAACCUAAAGGAUACCUUAGGCAUUGGAAAAGUGAAAAGAAAACCUAGUGUGCCAGAUUCUGCAUCUCCUGCUGAUGAAAGCUUUGUUGACCCAGGGGAACGCCUCUAUGACCUCAAUAUGCCUGCUUAUGUGAAAUUUAACUACAUGGCAGAGAGAGAAGAUGAAUUAUCAUUGAUAAAAGGGACAAAGGUUAUUGUCAUGGAGAAAUGCAGUGAUGGGUGGUGGCGGGGUAGCUACAAUGGACAAGUUGGAUGGUUCCCUUCAAACUAUGUAACUGAGGAAGGCGACAGUCCUUUGGGUGACCAUGUGGGUUCCCUGUCAGAGAAAUUAGCAGCAGUUGUCAAUAACCUAAAUACUGGGCAAGUGUUGCAUGUGGUACAGGCUCUUUACCCAUUCAGUUCGUCCAAUGAUGAAGAACUUAAUUUUGAGAAAGGAGAUGUAAUGGAUGUUAUUGAAAAACCUGAAAAUGACCCUGAAUGGUGGAAAUGCAGGAAGAUCAAUGGAAUGGUUGGUCUGGUGCCAAAAAACUAUGUUACCAUUAUGCAGAAUAAUCCAUUAACCUCAGGUUUGGAACCAUCACCUCCGCAAUGUGAUUACAUUAGGCCUUCACUCACUGGAAAAUUUGCUGGCAAUCCAUGGUAUUAUGGGAAGGUCACCAGGCAUCAAGCAGAAAUGGCAUUAAAUGAAAGAGGGCAUGAAGGUGAUUUCCUCAUUCGUGAUAGUGAAUCUUCGCCAAAUGAUUUCUCUGUAUCACUAAAAGCACAAGGGAAAAACAAGCAUUUUAAAGUUCAACUAAAAGAGACUGUCUACUGUAUUGGGCAGCGUAAAUUCAGCACCAUGGAAGAACUUGUAGAACAUUACAAAAAGGCACCAAUUUUUACAAGUGAACAAGGAGAAAAACUGUAUCUUAUCAAGCAUUUGUCAUGAUAAUACUGACCAGAAGUGACUGCUACACAGCUAUAAUUCGUCACAUAAUUGAAGACUGAGAAAAUGUCAGUCCAGUCAUGCUUGAUUGGAAAUUGCUUUCUAACUCUACAUGAGAAUGACUAUAAUACAUAAGUAUUUUUAUUAUAAUUCAGCCCAUACAUAUAUACUACAUAUGCAAAGCAUCUGCACAAAGCAAUUCCUUAUCCUUGGUCUUCUUUUUUAUUGUUUUCUUUGCUGUUUUUCUUUUUGCUUCUAAUAUUAAGGUUUUAUAUUUUGAGAAAAUGAUGCAGAUCAGAAGUCUUUAUAUGGAAGAAUUUAUUGGUUUUUUUUUUUCCCUUUAUUUCCCUGUAGGGGCCAUGUUAGUCAUUUCCGCAGUGGUUUCUCUUCAUAUAAAAUUAUUAUAUCAUUAUAUGGCAUAUGCUAAAAUAAAUUUCAUGGAGAAUGUUGAUCUUUUCUGUGACUAAAUAGCAAUAAUAAAUGGAAAAUUAGAAAUUAUUUUCAGGUAUUUGUCGUAAGCCAUUGUAAAUAUCAAGGUUGUUGUGUCUUCCAUUUAAAAAAAAAUUAUUGUCUUCAUUGUAAAGCAAAACAAAUGGGAUAUAGGUUAGAAAAUAUGUCUUGUAUACUUUUAAUUUACGGCUAUUGGAAACAAAAAUCUCUGAAUUUCUAAGAUUUUUUGAGAGGGUGCUUCUUUCUUAACUGGUUAUUCAGGAGAAUAAAACAGUGUCUGAGAUACUUAGCUUUUCAAACUCUAAGUGGAUGCUUUAGUGUUAUAUUAUUCUUUCUCUGUUGUUAUUUUACCAAGGCAUCUUGUUUUGGGGUAUGUUUAUAUCUAUGUCAGUGUGAAAAAAGCUGUGGCCAAAUGUUGGGAAAAUAGGAGGCAGUGAGUUACUUGGUUUCUUCCCACCUCUGAACAUCAGUAAUUACCAGGCAUGGUAUUUCUACUAUUUUCAUUUCCUCCUUUUAGCUUUGAGUUUUGUCGACUGAGAUACUAAAAUUGAUUAUACCUGAGGAAAAAAUGGAAUGUGCCAAAUGGUUAGAGAAAGUUAUUUUUAAAAUCUUACUUUUGCAGGGGUUUCUAUUAGGUUUUUGUUUACUAACAAGCAGAAGUUUUGGGAGACUACUCUGGAGUAUUGAAUCUACUUCUGCAGGUCACAGAAGAAAGAAAACAGCUGUAUUUUGUGGUCUUAGCUCCCCAACCCCACAUUAUUAAUUCUGGAAUUUAAAUUUAAGCAAAGUAACCUUCAAUAUUUUAAUUAAAAUGCUUACUAAAGCCAUAUAACUUAACUAGGAAAUCAUACGAUAUUUUCAAAAACUCCCCAGUGCUUCCUAAGCAAAUAAAUGUUUCUGUUCUUCAGUAUGUUCUAGAUAAGCAUUUCAUACAACAAAAUUACUGAUGUUAAAAUUGAAGUCCAAUCCAUGAGGUUUCUGGUUUUGUGUUUUUAAAAUUAUUUUAAAUAUUUUUUAUUCUUUAAAUCUUAAAAUCAUUUAAAGACUUACAUUGCCACUGGGUGGCAGCCCUGGCUUCUCCCACUAAGUAACAGGAGUCUGCAAAUAUAAUUAAGACAUCGAUGUACAAUAUUUCAUUUUCAUCACAUCUGCUUUUAAAAGCCUUUCAGUUCAUAUUUCAUUCUUUGUCAGUCUCUCUUUUUUAUUAAGAUUAUUAGUGGACAAGUGUAAUGGAAAUAAAAGUCAUGUAUACAUACCUUUUUUGCUAUAAAAUCACUUGAAGUUGAGAAUAGUUUUAAAGUGGUUAUAAAUAUGACUAGGUAGUAAACAACUUUUUAUUUAAUUUUAAACAUUUGACAAUGCUUUCUUUUUCUCCAUUUUCCCCCAGUCUUUUUUUUUUAAAUCAAUUAAUACUUUGUAUCACAGUCACGAACUAUUUAUAGCAAACUCUGCUGAGCUUAUGUUAAGAUUUUGAGAAAGCAGCUAGGAAUGGGGUAACACUGCAAGUAGAUUGCACAUUUCUGUGCCACAGUUAGAUUUAUAAUAACUAGAGAGUUCCCAGAUAGCCCCUAUGACCCUGUUAACAAGCACUGCGUUUACUCAUCUUCAGCUCAUCAGAGUUGGGCACCUGAUUGUUCAACAAAACAGAGCUUGAACAGCAUCCAGUAGGUGAGGCAGGCAGAGCAGGCUGUAUAACUCUUCCCAUUUGUCAAAGCAGACAAGAGAAAACCUAUUCCACACAGAUAUAAAAGGUAUCAUUCAUCUUUUUCUGUUGCCACAUUUUUCUUCUUUCAAGUCCUAUAGUUUCUCAAGACCAGGUGGAUUUGCACCAGGUGGCCUGCAAAUGCCAGGGAGAUGAUGAGCCAAUAAUAUCUAUUGUGUGCUCUUGUUAUUAUGGGAUGAAAACCUCACUGGGAACUGUGGAAUUUUGUACUUAAAUGUUUUAUCAGUUUUUUAAAAGUCUUAAACCAGUCUUUACAUCAAUGGCUGUUUUUAUAAGCAUGAAUUUUAUUUGGAGCAAUUUUAAGAAGAAGGAAAAAAACCUUAGAAAACAUGUACAUAGCUAGCUAGUAGCAGGACUUUAUUGGAAACCAGGUUUCCUUAUUCCCAGCCUGGUACAUCCUGUAUCAUACCACAUUGCCCUCUGUGUGCUUGCUUUAGACUAAGGAGAGUUCUGGGAAGAGCAGUAUUACAGAAAUUUUCUUCCACAUAGAAGGAGACACUUGGCCAUCAAUUUAAACACAGAUAACACACACACAUAACCCUGCCCAACCCACUUCUAUAAAUAACUUCUCCAAAAUCUUGGAAGAACUUAUUUCAGAACUUUAUAUAAGUUCAAUAAUGAAUAGCUUUUUGCAGUAGCUGUUAAUUGGUCAUAAGUUGUUAGGAUUCAGCUGGAUAUAUAUGAACACAUAUAAUGUAUCUUUUACUAUGAACAGUAACACAGGUGCGUAGUGUAAUUCAAGACAGUGUCACAGGUAUAUCACUGAAAACAGGAAGACUAAUCCAUUGCUAUUGCUGGAAGAAGAAAAAGGCCUAGCAGAUGAGUAACUUGGGUUGUUAGGAAAAGACCAUCCUUAUAGAUCUGUGGCGCAUAAAUUAUCUCCAGCUUUAAUGCUCUCAUUCUGUCAUCUAAUCCAGAGAUUGCAAAGAAGUAGGGGCACUACUGUCAGCUUAAGUACUUUUGUGAGAAUUAGGAAACCUCUUUCCCCUGCCCCAUCAAUGCAAGCCCAGCCUUUUUCCUUGUUGAAAAGUCCCAAAUUUCAUCACUACCCCUUUCCCACAUCUUGGCCAGGUGCCCUGUUCAGGGUACAGCCAAAUAGGAAUAUAGCCCACACAGUGCUUUAAAAAGUAAUUGUUAACAUUUAAAAAUUGGGGAAUUUCACAUAAAAUUCAGAAUUCUGGUUUACCUUGAAUAAUAAGCUGGCAAUCCUAGAGUCGAAUUCCCACAAGGUGACUAUUGGAUAGAACCUAAUGUGAAUGGUCCCCUUGUGUUUACUGAUGUACCUGGUAAAAAACAAAACCCCCCCCAAAAAAACUCUAUUAAUCUACUUCCCAACCUUUACCCCCCCAGUUCAUGUUUCCAAAUGUAGUUUUUGUUAGACCCUAUCUUUCCUGUAACAUGGAUUUUUUUGGUUUAGAAUCUGGAAACUCUCAUUUUUCAGAAACACCUUAGAUGCAAUGUCCAAAUCAGCAAAUUAGAAAUGUAGUAUUACAACAUGCUUUAACUUACUCAUCUUUAAUAUCAUGGUUUUACAACUGUAGUCAUUUCUUCCUUAAAGGACAUUUGAUACAAGAGAAAUGACAUCUUCAUUUUAUGUUCUGAAGAGCAUCCAGUGGACUUUUUAAAAAAAAAUACAACAUUACUGCUAGGGAAAACCAUUAUUUGAUUCUACUCUGGGCAAGUAGGAAGCUUCUGUGUUCUCAUAAGCUGGUUCUAUUGGUUCAGCAAGUUUAUCUGAUUCAACUCCCUCAUCUUCUAAACACGUGCAGACCAGUAUGCUAUGCAUACUCCACACCCUAAUUUCUUGUUGUUACACGACCUAAACCAAGUGACCAAGGAACCGAAAUACAUUUUUCUAGUUUACUAACGAGAUGUUCUUUUGAUCUGAAAGUGUACACCGUUUGCCAAGACUUUUUUGUUUAAGGAGUAGAACCUAAAAUGAAAUUGUGAGAUUUUGAAGGACAGAAGGAGUUUCGAUUAUAAUUGGCCGUGUUCAUAGAGGUAAAUGUUUUAAGCCAAAGUGCCCUUUUAAAAAUGUUUGUUGGCCAGUAUGUUGAUGCUUUCAUUAUCAAAUAUUUCAGAAUUGGCCUGUUGCCUACAGUGGCAUAGCACAUUUAAUUUACCUACCGGUCUGGCUUGUUUUUAAAUGUUUCUCUCAAAUUACUUUUUAAGCUGUUUUUAAAACUAGGUAAAGCUGGACUCAGCAUUUUGUAAUGUUGCUAAUUUUAUUUGUAGUUAUAACCACAGAAGACAAAAAGAGUAGCCAAUUUCCUUUAUUUCAUGUUUUCUGGUACCUUUUGGAAUCAUAAUGACUGAAGUAGGAAAACAUAAAUAGACAAAAUGGACAUCUAAGGUAAAGAUUAUCUAGUUGGUUUAAAUAAAUUUCUGGGCUGGCUCUACAAAAAUUUGUAUCUGGAAAAGUUGCAGAUAGCCUUUGGGAAAUUAUGGUGACGGGUGGGUUCCAGAAUAAGACUGAAGUGUUCUCUAUUUUGGAGGAAUGAUUAUUAAUUGAUUUUCUUGAAUUCUUUGGAAGAAAUUUAUAAUCCCUGAAUAUUCAAGCCUGUUGUUUCUAGGACAGUGUAAUGCCAAAUUUUACUUGUUUUGAUAUGUUUUCUAGAUUAUAGAUAACGAGGAUGUUACAGAAAACAAAUACUGAUUUCCUUGGGGCAUAUGCUAAUCACUUGGUGCCAAGAUGAAAAAAAUAAUUUUUGAACCGUUACAUCUGUGUAUGAUUGUGUGUCAGUGUUUAGCUUUUGGAGAUAUUUGUCCAUCCAUCUAACCAACUCACCACAAAUAUUUGAAUGCUUAAGUAUCAAGAGUUCUGAGCUAGCAAUGUUAUAGUGAAGAAAAUAGGCAAAGUUGUCUAAAAGUUGUCAUAAAACUCACCUUUCUAGUGAUGCCUGAUGGAGAAGUGCUCUAAAGAAAGAAUAGAUCAUCAGGUUGUGGGGGUUGAGAGUAAGAGUGAGGUGUUAAUUUACAUAGGGUGAUUAAAGGAAGCCUCUAAUAAAAAAAAAAAUUGACCUUUAGGGCACCUGGAUGGCUAAAUUGGUUGAAUGUCCGACUUCAGCUCUGGUCACGAUUUCACCGUUCAUGAGUUUGAGCCUUGCAUCAGGCUCCGCGCAGAGCCCGCUUCGGAUCCUUUGUCCCCCUUUCUCUCUGCCCCUCCUCCACUCAUGCUUGUGCUUUCUCUUAAAAAUAAACAUUUUUUUAAAAAAUUGACCUUUGAGCACAGUGUGCUCCACUUAAUAGAAUCAUUGACAACUCACUGGGGUUAUACCAGUGGUUGAGUGAAAAUACAGUAACCAUAAUCAUUUGAAAAUUGUAUUACGAUGCUUUUUUUUUUUGUAAAAUUUUUAAUGUGUAAUUUUGAGAGAGACAGGGAGACACAGAAUCCGAAGCAGGCUCCAGGCUUGGAGCUGUCCACACAGAGCCUGACGGGCUCGAACUCACGCAUCGUGAGAUAAUGACCUGACCGAAGUCAGAUGCCUAACCGACUGAGCCACCCACGUGCCCCACGAUCUCACUAUUCUUGAGUUCAAAUCCCACAGCAGGCUCCACACUGACAGUGCAGAGCCUGCUUGGGAUUUUCUCUUUCUCUCUCACUCUGCCUUUCUCCCGCUCUUUCUCUCAAAAAUAAAUAAACUUAAAAAAAUUGAGACUGGAUUAGAACUAAAUGUUAGAUGUACUAAAAACACAGGACUUAGAUACUUAGAAAUCCCGGAAAAGGGAACUACUCUGUGCCAAGAAGGUCAAGGAAUGGUUUUUGGAAUGAAGUAAUUGAUAAUGCAGUCUAUGCCAGGGCACCAGGACCUAUCUUGCACAACCUUAACAGUGAGUGCUUCAAAUUUUGCACCCUACUGCCCCUUGCUUCAUUCUAGUCCCUGCCCUACAGGACUCAGAGGGCUUUUUAGGGAUCUCUUCUUUGACCAUCAACCUCCUAAUCCCUACCCACUGCCUCUCUACCUUUCCAUAAAACUUAUCUCCUUUCCUUUUCUUCCAUAAUUAAGUAUCAAAUAGUUGAGUGGCAAAUAGUGUAACAAAAAAAUUCCUAUUUCUAGACUGUACUUGCUUAUAGUAGGAAAUAGUUUUAUUUUUCCAGCAGUUCGUUUUCAGACCUAGAUGAUCCUUCAACUCUGGAAAGCAGUAGACAUUAACCUGAGAAGUGCAGGAAACAGGUUAAAGGAUAGUUUGGCUUGGGCAUGUUGCAUAGACAAGAGACCACAACCAGCUAAUGAGAAGGAAUAGAAAGAAGUACCUCAAAGUCUGAAGAGGAAAGGCAAGAUCAGAGUGGGGAUAUCUAGUCUAGGCCAGGAUAAGAACUAGGUGAAGCACAGCCCUCCAGAAGUCCUCGCUAAUGGCAGGCCCAAGCAGAGGUGGAUGGUCUGAGUUCCUUGAGUCAUGAACCAGUCCUGACAAGAGACUGUCAUUCAAAAGCUGUGGCAGGCAGGUAGCAUUAGCCCUCAGUGUCCCUUGAGUGUGCUGAGCCCAAGACAGAGACUUUCCUUGCAGUGGCUUGUGAAGGAUUGGUAGGCAAUACUGCCUUGUCAGCAUGGCAGACAGGCAUCUUAACAGGGACUCAUAGUGCUUAACUAUCCUAAGACCCAAAGUCUGAUGAAUAACUCUCCUUCCCCCACAGCAUAAGUAAAUAAGUGUUUUUCUGUCUCAUUUUCUGUUUACUUACCUUUUCCUUUCCAUUCUCCUGUAUUCUCUGCAACUUUUCAAUCCUUGGGCCUGGCUCAUGCCAUUCUCCCAGUUGGAAUGCUAAACUGAAUGCAUCUCUCUGACCCAAAUCUAAAUUGGUAGAUCCUUAGGAUUCCCUAUUGAGAUUUGUCUAUUCCCUAAAACCAUUGCCAAUCUCUGGGAUCACUCACCACACUGUGCUCCUCAAACGCAUUACAGGACAGUAAGGUGAGUGACAGGGACGUGGAGUUAUGCAAACCUUGGUUGGAAUUCCUGUCUCCAUCCCUGACAGGCUUUCUGAUAUACAGUAAAUAAAUUUCUCUGUGCCCUCUGUCCUAAUCUGAAAAGUUGGAAAUCAAAUCUUACCUCGCAAGUCUGUUGUAUAAUACGUGGAAAUGUUUAUGGUUGUGGAAGGUCUUUAAGACAAUUCCCAGCACAUAGUAGAUACCCAGUACACGUUGACUUUUAUUGUUAGCUUUUAACACAUGGAGAUUGUGGGCAGAAGGGGAUUUAGGAUAGAAGAAUUAGGAAACCAGGACUGGGAGAACAAAGAUAAAACUGGGGACAGGUGGUGAGGCCAGCAUAUAUGAAGCACUCCCAAGUUGGGGUGUGUCCAGACCCAAAGGCAAAGGGAACCAGUAUCAGAUGCCAGGGGAGCAGUGAGAGACUGUACAAUCAGCUGGUGACCAGAGGUCAGGACACAGAUGUGACCACUGACUCACAUUGCUGUGAUCAAGGAGAGUAUCCACAAGUGUUCUUGACCAUGAUGUAGUAAAAUUAUAUAUAUAUAUAUUAUAAACCAUGAUGUAGUAAAAUUAUAUAUAUAUAUAUAUAUAUAUAUAUACAUAUAUAUAUAUAGCUAAUAUUUACUGUAGACUUACUUUGCUAUACUCUAUUCUAAGUGUACCAUCUCACUUAGUCCUCACAACAGUGCUAGGAAUUAGGUACUAUUAUAAUUGAGGACACUAAAACACUGUUUAGAUGACUUGCCUAAAAAACAGCUAGUAAGUGGCAGAUCCCAGAUGCCAAUCGAUUGUGUCUCUAGAGCCCAUUCUUUUAACUAGUACCCUCUAAUAGAGAUCUUGAACUGGAAGCCUUUCUUUGCUGAUCCAGGGGCCAAACCAUAAGAUGGGGAGCUGGAAAGGGCUAACUAGCAGAGCUAACUAAAGGGUCAGUUUAAUUAGAGUAAACUAUUUACUGUAUUUUUUUUAAUAUUUUAUUUUUAAGUAAUCUCCACCCAAUGUGGGGCUCGAACCAACAACCCUGAGAUCAAGAGUCACAUCUGCCACUGACUAAGCCAGCCAGCCACCCCUGUGUUUAUUGUUAACAUUAUUAAUAUUACAAAUGGUUAAUACAGCUUUGUGAAGACUACUGAUUUCCUGGCACUGGGCUAAUUUGUUUUGUCUGUAUUCUUUAAUCCCACAACUACUAUGUAAAAUAUUGUCUAUUGUGUU